CCCGCGCUCGCCUACAAAAUGCAUCCCGUACUCAUGCCUUCGGCGCAGAGCAGCCACCGAUCGCAUCGCAUCAGAGUCGCGCCGCAUAUCACACAACAGAGUCAGAUCUCGGCAGUGUGCAGUGGCCAUGGCCGAGCGCUUCCAGCUCCAGGGCCAGCACGGCAAGUCCGGCGUCCGCGUCUCCCGCGUCUGGGGCCGCCCCGCCGCGGCCGGCGGCGACGUCAUCGUCGAGUGGAACGUCGCCGUCAGCGUCGUCUCCGACUGCCUCCCCUCCUACACCUCCAGCGACAACUCCGCCAUCGUCGCCACCGAUUCCAUCAAGAACACCGUGUACGUCAAGGCGAAGGAGUGCACGGAAGUGGUGUCCAUGGAGGAAUUCGCGGUGAUUCUUGGAAGACAUUUCACCUCGUUGUAUCCUCAGAUCUCGGAGGCUACGGUGACCAUCGUGGAGCGCCCAUGGGAGCGUGUAUAUGUAGACGGCAAACCACAUUCGCAUGGGUUCAAAGUUGGUGUUGAGAAGCACAGCACAGAGGUCAUUGUGAAAAAAUCUGGAAGCCUGGUUAUAAAUUCUGGAAUCCAAGGAUACUCGCUGCUAAAGACAACACAGUCUGGGUUUGAAGGGUUUGUGAGGGAUCGCUAUACACUUCUUUCAGAUACAAGAGAAAGGAUAGUAGCAACAGAAGUAACUGCUUGGUGGAGGUAUCCUUUUGAACAUGUUUCCCAGCUCCCAUCAAAGCCGUUCUGCUUUACCCAAAGAUACCAGGAUGUAAAGAGGGUUCUGGCAGAAACAUUCUUUGGUCCUCCUGAUGUCGGGGUGUAUAGUCCAUCAGUACAGAAUACACUAUACCUCAUGGCCAAAGAAGUUCUUACCAGGUUCCCAGACAUAUCAUCAAUUCAGCUUAGAAUGCCCAAUCUUCAUUUUCUUCCUGUCAACUUGUCGAGCAAAGAAAAUUCAGGGUUGGUGAAGUUUGCUGAUGAUGUGUACUUGCCGACGGAUGAGCCGCACGGAACUAUUGAAGCAACUCUGAGCCGCCCCAUGUCAAAGCUGUAAUCUAGUGAUCAGGCUGGUACGAAUUGCGAAACUCCUGUUUCGUUUCUUCAGCGCUCCCAGGCUGGUACGAAUUAUGAACAAUAAGCUGUAGAAAGAAAGAAAAAACUAUCGUAACCCCUAUGCUAGGGGGUAAUAAAGUGAAUAGUCUUGCAUGUGUUCAGCAAGCCAAGUUCCAUCAUUGUAAAUCUGUACAUUUCUUCAUGUAUGAAACUUGUAACCCCUGAAAGCUUGCUCUUUUUCAUGUA